ACUCAAGUCAUUACAACUCUUUACUGAAGCACAGUUUUCAGAUCUCUUAAAGGCAAAGAGGAAGACAAUGUUUGUAAAAAUCAAUUUCUUCGGUCAACAGAUUUCAAGAUGGCCGAAGUGACCACAGAAGAUGUCCUGGACAAGAUCAGUCAGGGUCACCUGGAGUGCACAAUUUGCAUCCAACGGUUCAACCGUCCCAAAAUCCUCGACUGUCUCCACAGCUUUUGCCUUGGAUGCCUUGAGGAUUACAAACGCACCCAAUAUCCAUCAAGCCCUAAACUUCCAUGCCCACUCUGCCGAAAGGAAACUGUCCUACCCGACAACGGAAUUGCUGGUCUUUCCAACUACUUCGCCAUGACUGCACUGGUCGAGGAAUUCACGCACCAGGAAAACCUUGUGAAGAGGCAGAAGUCGAGGAUAGUGUGCGAGGUUUGUGAAGACGACGAGGCAAUUUCCAGAUGCACAGACUGCAAAGAGUACCUGUGCUGCGAGUGCCAGAGAGCACACCAACGGGCAGUGAAGACGAAGAAGCAUGAGAUUGCCACCCUGGAUGAUCUGCGGUCGGGGAAGGCAACCUUCAAGAGCAAGAUGCGAGAUGAGGUACCUAAGUGCAAGAAGCACACCAACCAAGAGGUGUGCUUCUUCUGCAAUACCUGUAAGGUCUUGAUCUGUGCUGUCUGCACCGCUCUAGACCACUGCAAACCAUCUCAUACCUACGAGGACAUCGAGGAAGCAGAGAUGUCAUUCCGAGACAAGGCCAAGAGUCUGCUGUCGAAAGCAAAGGACAGCAGGCGCAAGUUCCUUGUGGCAAAGAAUUUCGUCGACAGUGCAUCCCAAAGACUUGAACUGAUGCUUGCCGACACCUCGGCUGACAUCUCACAGAGAGCGGAUGAGGAGGUUGUGAGGAUACGAGACAUGGAGGCCAGCUUGAAGGAAGAUGCUGCCAAAAUUGGAAAAGAGAAAGCGGAGUUGUUGAAAAAUGCCCAGGAGUCUUUCUCCGAGAACCUGAAAUGGACACAAGGCACCUUGGAGAUGGCUGAGGCCGUUUUGGAUCAGUCCAGCCGUUUUGAGCUCCUGGAGUUGAUGGAGAAACUUCUCUGCAACUUGAACGAUAUCAACGAGUUGGAUGUUCCAUGCCCAGAGCAAAAUCUGUCCCCCUUCCUCGCAUUCAAACCAGUACCAGUGAAGAAAGUUGCACUUGGGAAGCUUCUCCUGAAAGAGAAGUGGUCUUUGAAGGCGCACUUUGAUGGCAAGGUCACUUCUGGCGAGGUCACAAAGGGGUAUCGGUUCAAAAUGGCUGCCAGCAUUGCAACUUUCACCAACAGCGACAUAAUUGUUGCAGAUUUUGAAGACUACAAACUCCAUCUUUUCACUCCACAAGGCCAACUGAAGUUUGAAUUUGUGGGACCCGGGGACCAACCCGAAGGGCAACUGUUCAAUCCAUAUGACCUUGCCGUGACUCAAGAUAACAAGUUGGUGGUCAUUGAUAAUUUGCUUGUGAAAGUCUAUGAUGCACCUGACACUCAACAUAUCAAGUUCCUGUUCAGUUUCACACCACCUUCAGAAUCAGACGGCGAUGAAACAGGAAGUGAUCUCUCCUGCAUUGCAGUUGACGAAAAGAACCGCAUCGCAGUUGGCGAUGCAAAGAGAAAAAUCAUCUCUCUACACGAGAUAGAUGGCUCCCUGAUCAGCAAAGUACCAGCCGAGCUGCUGGACAGACGUCUUUCCAUAAGCAACAAGGAGCGACUCAUCUUCAGCAAUUAUCAGAAAGCCAAGUUGGUUUGCAUCGACUUCGACGGACAGGAGGUGUUCUGUGUAGAUACCGUCGUUGACGGUAAACAGCUGAAGCCAGCCGGGAUGUGCUGCGAUCGUCACGGCGAUAUCUUUAUCGUUCUCCACGCCAGCGACGAGCAUGGAGCCGGGGAGAUUCACCGCUACAGUGCGGAGGGCGCCUACAUGGGACGCAUCGCUGCUGGUCUGAGGAAUCCGCUGGGAUUGACACACACUCCGGCUGGUGAACUUGCAGUUGCUGAUAUGCUUUCGGUGAAGAUUUACCAUAAAGAUUGACAGAAUUAGCAAUAUCUCGGGAUGCAGUCUCCUUUCUUGCUGUAUCCUGACAGGCCCGUCACCACUACUGCGCAUUGGGGGAGGACAUAAAGUACCAACUAGGGAGGCCCACUACCAUAAAAAAAUACAAAAUACAGAUGGCUUUUUUUUCUCGCCAAGGCCAGGCCUCCCUUGGCGACGGGCCUGAUCCCGACAUACUUGUUCAAUCCGCACGUGGUCCCUGAAACAAAAAGUAAAGUCUGUCACAAGUGGCUCAUCAUGCUGGCAUUUAUCUCCAGUGUUCUUCGCACAAAAUGACAAAGAAUUUCAAUUCCACCCCGAGAUCGGAUGCCAGAUGACUCCCCAGCUAAUCCUGGUACCCAUUUAUACUCCUGGGUGGAGAGAGGAAAGUGAGGGUAAAGUGGCUUG